UUCUGUCAUUCUUCUUCUUAAUUUCUUGCAGUCAGAAAUAGAUGGAGAAAAGCAAAGCUAAUCCAGUGGUGGUGAUGGGUUCAAGAGAUGAUCAUGAGGAUGAGAAUGAUCCUAUGCGAACAGCUGAGACUAUACUGCGUCUUAUACCAAUGGCUUUAUGCGUAUCAGCGCUUGUUCUUAUGCUUAAGAACUCUCAAACUAAUGAUUUCGGCUCGGUUUCUUACUCCGAUCUCGGAGCUUUCAGGUAUUUGGUGCAUGCGAAUGGGAUAUGUGCUGGUUAUUCACUUCUUUCAGCUAUCAUUGUAGCCAUGCCUCGACCAUCCACCAUGUCCCGAGCUUGGACUUUCUUCCUCCUCGACCAGGUGUUGACAUACGCAGUUCUAGCAGCAGGAGCGGUAUCAGUGGAGGUGCUAUACCUAGCUCGAAAGGGCGAUACAGCCAUAACAUGGAGUGCAGCGUGUACGUCGUUUGGCGGAUUCUGUCACAAGGCAACAGCAUCUGCUAGCAUCACAUUUGCAGUAGUAGCUUGCUAUGCAAUGCUUUCACUUGUCUCCUCUUACAAGCUUUUUAGUAGAUUUGGUGCACCCGAUGUCACCUACCCGUCUAAGGCCAUCGAGAUCCCGGCCUUUCGCACCUGAUUCGCCUUUGCUUUCACUAAAUGAUCAAAUUUCAUCUGUGUUUUCUUCAUCAUCACAUGUAAUUAUUGUCUACGUACUUUGUUCAAGCUAUCAAAAUAAUAAUAUUUGAGUAUUUUUAA